AUGCAAUACAAGGUUGAUAACGAGAGUGGCCGGGAUAUCUACCGCUGCUAUAAUGACUUCGGUACUUUUGACGGGAGAGAAAUCAAGAAUAUGGUUUCUAAAUUGGUCGAUUUCGGGCUCAUAACCAGAUUUAAUAACUUGUCUACCCGAAACUGGGUAUUUAUCCUACCCAACCGGACUAUUAAAGUGCUCCGGAGGAGGUCUAUUUGCAAUAUAACAGGCUUUUUGUUUCCCUUGGUUUUGGUUACAAUCUCUGGCUUGGGCUCAAGGCUAACAAUCUUAUUCGGCAAGUUAUGGAUCAUCCUUGGUAAUAAGGUGUUGUUCCAGCAGGUACAUCAUACAAACUGCCAAUACGACGCAAAGUCACACCUCGCGGAAAUGAUUGCCUGA